CUUUCGCUUUCCAGCACCUGCUGUUUUAUUGCUGAGACCUCAGCCGAGUGGUCCCAAGCCGAGUCUUUAAAACCAUCAGGCCGCAUCUAAACGCGGCUGGCCGGCGCUGCACCGAGCCUUGCUCAGCUGCAGCCCGCGCAGGUGCGGGAAAUAUCCAUUACGGUGGGAAACUGCCGUGGCUUAGCCCCAGACAGCAACCAAGGCUCACCCCCCAGCAGUGGGAUCGGGGAGAGAAUUGGAAGGAUAAAAGAUAGAAAACUCCUGGGUUGAGCACAGCACAAGGCGUCCGCCCGCCCGCGCCCCUCCCACCCGGCUCCCGCCGCCCUCCCGCGUCGCCUCCCCGCCGCUGGCCCGUGUCCCGCCGGCCGCCCCGCAGCCCGGUGCAUGUGCGGCAACAACAUGUCGGCUCCUCUGCCUGCCAUCGUCCCGGCCGCCAGGAAGGCGACGGCCGCCGUCAUUUUUCUUCACGGAUUGGGAGAUACCGGGCACGGAUGGUCAGAAGCACUUGCUGGUAUCAAAAGCCCCCAUGUGAAAUACAUUUGCCCACAUGCGCCAGUUAUGCCUGUUUCUUUGAACAUGAACAUGUCUAUGCCAUCAUGGUUUGAUAUCAUUGGACUUUCUCCAGAUUCACAGGAAGAUGAAGCUGGCAUCAAGCAGGCGGCGGAGAAUGUUAAAGCACUGAUAGAUCAAGAAGUAAAAAAUGGAAUUCCUUCUAAUAGAAUUAUUCUGGGAGGCUUUUCUCAGGGAGGUGCUUUAUCAUUGUAUACAGCUCUUACAACACAUCAAAAAUUAGCAGGUGUCAUAGCCCUCAGCUGUUGGCUUCCUCUACGGGCUUCUUUUCCUCAGGGCCCUAUCAGUGGUGUCAACAAGGACAUUGCUGUUCUUCAGUGCCACGGGGACUGUGACCCCCUGGUUCCUGUAAUGUUUGGCUCCCUCACUGUUGAGAAGCUGAAGACUAUGAUAAAUCCAGCCAAUGUAACCUUCAAGACUUACUCUGGCAUGAUGCAUAGUUCAUCUCUUGAGGAGAUGAUGGAUGUAAAACAGUUCAUAGACAAACAUCUACCUCCCAUAGACUGAACUGAUCUGUGAGAAGCCUUCUAUAUAAAUACACCAGCAUCAACUGUGGUAGAGUGUUAAAUCUUUUCAUAUGCCUGAUAGGAAACAUUAUUUCUAUACCUGCAGUGUUACUACUGUGUUGCAAAUUUAUACUUACAAUGAAGAUUAAAUAAUGCACAUGUACAAGAAAUGAUAAUCUUUUUAGUAUUUUUCACCCAGUGUUGGGAAGGAUGUGAAUGAGGGAACUAGGUAGCAAUGACAGAAUGUAACUCUUUUAAGAUGUCUGAUUAUUUUUUUUUUCUUGAUUGCAGAAUUUCAAACUAUUUGUACAAGUAAUAAAAAACUAAAUUUAAGUGAGCAACAUAGAUGUGACCAGUUUAGUUUUACUUGAGAUGUGAUUUGUUCUUAAAACUCAUUGAAAACAUAUAGCAUUUCUUUUAUGUAAUGAAUGCAUAAAGAACCCAACAUAAAAUACAGUGGGCAUAAAGUACAGAACAUGUAACGUAGUGGGCAUGUGAUGAUAGAAUAAAUGCUACCAGGGAUAAAACUUAAGGAUUAUAUGUUAAUUGUUUAACAGAUAAGGAGGGUUGUUCUAUAAUGGCUAGAAGUCAGCAAAGGUAUUUUUUAUAUUUAAACCACCUCAAUUUUAAAAUGUUCAUAUACAUAAAUACUGUGGAAAUUCUAAAUGGACUCAUUCCUUAUUAGACUGUUGUUUGUCUUAUUGUCUUUUUUCUUUUAAACUCAUUACAAAUGCUGAGUUGGAACAGAAUUCUGAAAAACUGCAUUGGAUUAAUUUGAGUUUCGUUUAAAAAAUUCUUGUUUUCAUACUGAAUAUUCAUCUGAUGCUUUAGUUAGUUUUCAUUUGUUUAUGUAUUUCACAUGAACAACUACAGAAUAUUGUUUUGAUUUUUUUCUCUGUGCUUUGGAGAAAAUAACUGAAAAUAGUAGAGCUACGUAGUUAUGUGUAUUGUUGAACUCUCAUCUGUAAUGCACACUUAUAUGAAUUAUUUUUUACUAGAAAUACAAGUGCAAUUGGGAUAUAACUUAGCUAAACUUUAAAAUGAUACCUCUAUUUAAUACCAUGUAAUACUUUCUCUUAUUAUAUGUUGAGACUUUAUUUUUUUUUCUGAAUAGGAACAAAGCAUUUGCUUUUUAAAUCUGUCCUUUUACAUUUCCCCAGAUCAGUAUAGCCUAGGAAUAUGAAGACCUAUCCUGGAAAAAAAAAAAGAGUAAAUUUACAAGAUACAGAAUGUUUCUUCUUUCAGAACCUAAAAAAUGUAGAAUGCACUGGUUUACAGGAGUUGAUGCACACUCAAUAGCUUUUUUUCAGUUCAGAGCCAUAAUUUACUGCUGGGAACAGCUGUUCUGUAGUAUUCAGAGGCUGUCACCACACUAGGAAUGUUUAAAACAAUGCACUACACUUUUUACUGCAUAAUUUGUGGCAUAACAAUGUUCUAUCCUGUAAUAUGCUUUCAGUCAAAGAAUAUUUCUAUUUUGGAUGUAUCUGUCAUGUCAGCACUGUGCUUCACACCUGAAUUUAAGGUACUGUUCCUCUCCCAGGGGUCCUCUUACAGUGUAUGUGGAUUUACAUCAGGUAUCUGCCAGUACAAAUACAUACUUGAGGAAUUGCACCUUUAUAUCUCUCUUCUAACAUUGCUGCUGCCAGAGAUCUGACCUGUUUACCUAGUCUGAGUAACCAGUUUUCAGUGCUUUUUUUUAAAUGUUGCACUUCAUUUUUAGGAAGCUGCUUCUUUUCUAAUCCAGUUUCUCUGGAUUAUUAAACAUCUCUUAAUAUGUAAAAUUGAAAAAGAGUUUUUUUCCUAAAUUGUAAUGAAACAGUUUUAGAUGUUCCAUCUGUGUAGUUAAGAGGGCAUUUUUAUUAACUUUGAAAUUUAAUUAGUAAUUUCUCUCAGUUGCUCUCUUCUAUAGAUCUGCCAAUUUGUCUUUCAGUUAAUUUAGUUCACAGAAGAAACCAUAAUAUUCUUACUGUAGUUGUGCCAAAGUUCUCUUGAGAAAACAUUAUGUCCUAGCUUGGAGUCAUUCCCAAAUUGUAUUAGCUGAUUUUGCAAUUCUACUAAGUUGCAAUCUUGGUAAGCAAACUAUAUGUUAUUUCUCCUAGUUUUUAGAUUUCUUUUCAUUCCCCUGUUGUCUAAAUAAUUCCCUGAGCAUUGGUGUAUUUCUAAAGUUCUUGCACAAGCUUCUAAUUUUUUCUUCAUUAUUUUCAUGUUCUGUUUGUAGAUUUGUUGAUAACUGUUCAUCUAUCUUAACUUCCAAUUGACUGUGUGCUCAUUUCACAUAUUUUUCCUUCUUCAAGAAUUAGUUUUAAAAAGUACUUUUAAGAUGUUAAAAUGAGAUCUGCCCUAGCUUCUUUCUGUGUUAGUUCCAUAACACUUUCUUCAACUUGGUGAACUGUGUUUACAGUUUGUGGUCACAUCCUAGUACUUAAACACUCUAAUCCAAGUCAGCUUCAGCUGUCACUGUCCUGAUGCUUUCAGAUGUUUUUCUAGAAAUGCUUUUUAUGUGUGAACUUUGUUCAAACAUUCAGCUAUCAAAACAAGACUUUUUCAUAUUGUUGUUUUGCUGCUUGCUAUAUCUACAAAGAGCUGUGUUACCAAAGUCAGUAUAAGUAAAUAAGUAAAUGUUUUGACUUACUUUGAAUUUCUGUAUUCUAGGAAGAAUUUUUUUUUUUUUUUUUUUUUUUUUUUACGCAGGAGUGUUUGUUUAUAUUGUGGUUGGGAAUUCUUAAAGAGCCUAGAAGCUAGAGGAAACUUCAAGUCUGUGUGUCCUCCUAUAUUAGACUGUGUAUGUUGAGCUCCUGUCUUUUGUAACUUCCCAGCUGGUUUGAAAGCUUUGUGUAUGAUCUUGCAGCUGAACAUCUUCACUACCUGAAGUGAUAUGGUUGUUACAAUGCAUGUACUUUAGGCUGAAUAAUAGGUCAGUCUGAUGGGGGAGUUUUCAUAGUUUUCUAUUAAAAUGGAAAAGUUGGACUGUCAGUGUUAUAAAUAUGAAUGUCCUAUCUUCUUAAACUACAAUUUGAAACUUUCCAAUAAUGUCUAAUUUUUGUAAUGUUAGACUUUCCACCAAAGGAGAUGAUGUCUAUCAAACCUGUGAAAGCAUUGAUAAGAAAAUACCUUGCUUGUAGAUCAGUUUGUUUCAAUGGGUAUCUAACUCCUUAAUGUGUUCUUAAUUUCAAAAUGGUACUUAAAUUGGACUGCAGUUUUGUGCUCUCAGAAGUCUGACUUCUUGUUGGAAUAUAUUGCCCACUUUUGAAUAAACAUGUUGAAUUGCAUAUUAUAAGCCAAAUUUUCCAGCUAUUCUUGAGGUAAAACUUUACUGGGGUCCGUAUUGUGGUGAGGGCUCUUUGAUUUGGUCUCUUUGUCCUAUCUUGUAUAAUUACAACACAGUAGAUUGGUAAAAGUACUCUACACUGUAACUGGUAUUAGAACUGUUAAUUAAAACAUGUUCUCUCUAAUGGA